AUGGCUAUUCUUGUAACAGGCGCAGGCGGCAAGACGUCGAAAGCAGUGAUACCCCAGCUCAAGGCUGCUGGGAUCCCCUUCGUCGUGGGAUCCACCCGCGGCGCCAGCGCAUCCGCGCCGGGCGCCGACGCCGUCAAGUUCGACUGGACGGACGCGUCGACCUACCCCCUCCCGUUCCAGCACGCGUUCCCCAGCGGCGAGAAGAUCACCGCCGUCUACAUCGUGCCCGGCCCCGUCGCGGACCCGUCCCGCGCCAUCAACGCCUUCGUCGACUACGCGCUGAAGGCGCAGGGCGUGCGGCGGUUCGUGAUGUGCGCGGGCGAGUCGCUGAAGAAGGGCGGCCCCUUCGUCGGGGAGGUGUGGUCCCACUUCGAGGACGUCGGCGCAGAGUACAUGGUCCUCCGCCCGACGUGGUUCCUGGAGAACUACUUGGACUGGUUCUAUCUGCCCCUCAAGAACGAGAACAAAAUCUACACGUGCGCCGGGGACGCGACCAUUGCCUUCGUGAGCGCGGAGGACAUCGCGGCGCUCGCCAUCAAAGGCCUCACCGCCGAGAAACCGUUCAACCGCGACUUCGCAGUCCACGGCCCGGAGCUGGUGACGCACGACCAGCUCGCCGAGAAAUUCAGCAGAGCCCUCGGGCGGACGAUCGAGCACGUCAGCCUCACGGAGGAGCAGCGGGCGGCGAUGCUCGCGGAGUCCGGGAUCCCCGCGGGGUUCGCGCAGUUCAUGGCCUUUCUGGAGGCGCACGCGCCGAACAAGGAACUCGACACGGCGGCGGCGGCGGUUACUGGGAAGAAGCUCGUGUCGUGCGAUGCGUUUAUCGAGAAGCACAAGGCGGUUUGGGUGUAG